AUGGCAACCAUACUUGAGCCUAUUGUUGGAUCAUGUGCCAAGAAGUUGCAAGAUGUAAUAACAGAGAAGGCUGUUAUGAUUCUAGGGGUAAAAGAAGAACUCAGAGAAAUGCAGAGAACAAUGAAACAAAUACAAUGCUUUCUCCAUGAUGCUGAGCAAAGAAGGACAGAAGAGUCAGCGGUUAACAACUGGCUUGGAGACCUGAAAGAUGCAAUGUAUGAAGCCGAUGAUAUAAUUGACUUCGCUAGAUUAGAAGGAAGCAAACUGCUAGCAGACCGUCCUUCAUCAUCUAAAAACAUUGCUUCAUGUACAGGCUUCUCAUUUCUAUCUUGCAUUCCUAAUAUUCAAAGACGUCAUGCAAUUGCCGUUCGAAUAAAAAAUUUCAAUGUUGAACUUGAGAAGAUUUCAAAGCUGGGUGAAAGAUUUUUGAUGCUGAAGAAUAUGCAACCUAAAGAAGAGAAUUCAGUAGUGAGGCAGAUGAAAACUUGUGAGCUUGUGGAGCCUAACCUCGUGGGAAAGGAAACUUUUGUUGCUUGCACAAGAUUGGUGGAACUGAUUCUGGCACAUAAAGAAAAUAAGUCAUACAAGAUUGGCAUUGUUGGAACAGGAGGUAUUGGAAAAACAACUUUGGCUCAAACUGUAUACAAUCACCAAAAAAUAAAAGGCACUUUUAGCAUGCAAGCGUGGAUUUGUGUUUCUAAAGAGUACUCUGAAGACACUCUUUUGAAAGAACUUCUUCGAAAUAUUGGUGUAGACUAUAAGCAAGAUGAAACUGUUGGAGAACUUAGCAUAAAACUUGCGACAGCAGUUCAAAAUAGAAGUGUAUUUAUUGUGCUAGAUGACAUAUGGAAACAUGAUGCAUGGACUAAUCUACUAAGAAAUCCAUUAAACACUUCAUCUACAACAAUAGUUCUUGUGACUACACGUAAUGAUAUUGUGGCACCAGCAAUUGGUGUGCAGGAUGUUCAUCGAGUGGAAUUGAUGUCUAGUGACACAGGAUGGGAGUUGCUGUGGAAAAGUAUGAACAUUAAUGAAGAGACUGAAGUGGCAAACCUAAGGGGUCUGGGGAAUGAGAUUAUCCGUAUGCGUGGUGGCCUUCCCCUUGCAAUCAAGGUUACUGCUAGUGUUCUAGCAACCAAAGAGAAAACUGAGAACCAGUGGAGAAAACUUAUAAACAGAAGUGCUUGGUCCAUGAGCAAAGUUCCCAUUGAGCUAAGGGGGGCAUUGUAUUUGAGUUAUGACGACCUUCCAGGGCAUUUGAAGCAAUGCUUUCUAUUUUGUUCAUUAUAUCCAGAAGAUAGUAGCAUGCAUCGUGAUGAUCUUAUAAGGUUUUGGGUUGCUGAAGGUUUUGUACAGGAGCAAGGCGAGCAACUUCUUGAGGAUAUAGCUGAUGAAUAUUACAAUGAAUUGAUAUACAGGAAUCUCCUUCAUCCAAACCCUCGAUAUGUUGACUAUGAAUGGUGUAAAAUGCAUGAUCUUUUAAGGCAGCUCGGUCAACAUUUGACGCAGGAUGAUUUUUUUUGUGGAGAUACACAAUCAUUGGAGGCUAAAUCUUUGUCCAAACUACGGCACAUUUCAAUUUUUACUGAUACUGAUUCUAUAACACUCCCCAUUGGGAACAAAGAGGAUAUUAGAGCCCGAACAUUGCUUAUUAGUUGGACCAAGUCAGCAAGAGUUGAAAAUACUUCCAUGCAUUCGAGUUUUGAAUUUAUCUGGUUCAAUUAUACAAAAGGUUCCGGAUUCUAUUGGGACUUUGAUCCACCUUCGAGGUGUCCAAAUUUGCAUAGGCUUCCUUUGGCAAUCUCAAAAUUAUGCAAUUUAAGACGCCUGGGCCUUGAUGGAACACCAAUAAACCUGGUUCCAAAAGGGAUAUGUGAAUUGAAGUCUCUCAAUGAUUUGGGAGGCUUUCCAAUAGGGCACAACUUGGAGGAUCUCCGUUUUGUGAAUUUCUUUGGUCGGAGGUUUCCCACCUGGCUAGACACUGCUGCCCAUUUGCCUUCACUGACAUAUUUGAACCUCAUUGAUUGCAAAUCAUGUUUGCAUCUUCCACCAAUCGGUCAGCUCUCCAACUUGAAAUAUCUACAAAUCAAGGGAGCCACUGCAGUCACCAAGAUUGGACCCGAAUUUUGUGGCUAUGGGGUGGGUAAUCUCAGAUCUCCAGAGGCAGUAGCUUUCCCCAAGCUUGAAACAUUGGUCAUCAGGGAUAUGCCCAACUGGGAGGAGUGGUCCUUUGUUGCUGAAGAAGAAGAACAAGAAGCAACAACAGCAGGUACGGAAGCGGGAGAGGAUGAGGCUGCUGCAAAUCAAAAGGAGGAAGCGCCGCCUCCAAGGAUGCAGCUGCUGCCACGACUGAAGGAGUUGGAGCUUGACCACUGCCCCAAGUUGAGAGCUCUCCCACAGCAGCUUGGACAGCAGGCCACCAGCUUGAAGGAGCUCCAAUUAAGAGAAGUGCACAGCCUUAAUGUGGUGGAGAACCUCGGUUUCCUCUCAGAGGUCCUUUUAAUCGUAGAUUGUGAAGGCCUAGAGAGGGUCUCAAAUCUUCCCCAGGUGAGACGGCUGCGUGUACAGCUGUGUCCCAACUUGUGGUGUGUUGAGAGGCUGGACAACUUGCGCCCGCUGUUUCAGACAGACGAUAUGCAAGGUGUCUCCUCAUCACAUUGGCUGCCUGGACUCCAAGAGCAGCACCGACAGCUUCACGGAGAAGACAUGGAUGUCAACAUUUGGAUAUAA